UAACCUGAAAUUUCAACAGCGUGCUUGUAACAGAAGCAGAGACUAACGUCACUAUUGGUGAGCAGUUCAACAUUUCUUUAAGUGCACAUAAAGGCUCAUAGCAGCAAAGGCAUCUUGAAAAUGCCAUCUAAUUUUCUCGCGCCCUUCCUGGAGUUGGAUGAUGAAUUUUGCAAGAGUUUCCGCUGUAUCGAUCUGACAGAUGACGCACAGAAGCAGCGUGUGGUGGGAUUCCAGCGCAGACAUUCCCUAUGCCCAAUCACAAUGCCCAACUCCAAAUUCAACAGCACCGACAGCAGACCUUGGCCACUGUCCAGCAUCAGCCAACACUGGCAUCACGAGCAGAAGCAACAGCUACCCCGCUCUUCUCUGAACCACAUCCCCUUCAGAGUAGACAGGUCUGUCAGCAUGAUCGAAGGACACGUGAGCCGUCUAGGAGUUUGUGAAUCUAAUGCACCCACCUCUCUCCCUCCACCACCCGGUCUCAGCAUCAGCAACAGUUCUCUGGCCUCUCCGAGGGUUCUCUGCGUGUCCACCGAGCCCGUGUCCACCCGCUACAAGACGGAGCUUUGUCGUACUUAUGAGGAGAGCGGCACCUGCAAAUACGGGGCCAAAUGUCAGUUCGCGCACGGGAUGGAGGAGCUGAGAGGCCUCAGCCGGCAUCCAAAGUACAAGACGGAGCCGUGCCGCACUUUCCACUCCAUUGGAUUUUGCCCGUACGGUGCUCGCUGUCAUUUCAUACACAAUGCGGACGAGCAGCAUGGACUCCCUGAGAAGAGCAGGGAGCGACCUCAGCUUCUCCGGCAAAGCGUCAGCUUCAGCGGCUUCUCCUCACAACCGCACGCCCUGAACGGAUUUCACGCUGUACCGGACGCGCUCGCCUUCUCCAGAUCAUCUUCGGUGUCCCCUCCACCUUCAACGGGUAGUCCCGACCUACUAUCUCCUAUGUUUCCAGAGCCUGGUACUCUGAAUCAUAGUUACCCCUUCGCGGAUCUGGGUAACAAGGACACGCCGCGUUUUUACGCCAUCAAUGACUCCAAGGCAGGCAAAUCCAACCUGGCCUACACACUGACAGGCCUGACGGCUCUGCAGCGCAGCGCAUCCGCAGACUCUCUCUCUGACCAGGAUGGCUACACCAGCUCCAGUAGCCUGAGUGACUGCGACUCCCCCGGCAUUGAGGGCAGGCGUCUGCCCAUCUUCAGCCGCUUGUCUGUCUGAGACGAUUAUAAUAACAUUACCUGUGCAUAUUGCAUUCUUACACAAGCAGAUGUUUCUCUGCUCUGAUUUGAAAUAUUUUCUACAUAUUCCUGUUUAUAUGACAUUUUAAGAAAGAAAGAAAGAGAAAGAAAGAAAGAAAGAAAAUGUUGACAAUGUAUACUGUUGUAUACCAGUUCAAAGCUGCAGUGGGUAGAGGUAUUUCUUGUUUGGGAUAGGUCUCAACACAUUAACCUUUAAAAGUGCCAGGUUUGAAGUAUGAACCUAUAGCACAGAAGCUCCUUCCUCUGGCCCAUUCCCAUGCACCCAUCUGCAGUCUAACCAAAGCUGAGCAAAGAGUAUAUACAAUGUGUAGCCCGCUCUCCAACCAUACUGUAUGCAAUAUUUAGCCUUUAGUUAAGGUAUUUUUUUAAAAAUUGAGAGUAUUAUCUAGUAAUUUUUACCAUAGUUACUUCUAAAAUCUAUUUAUUGCCUUUUUUAUAAUGUCCUGUGAUUUUUGUUAUUUUGUUGAGUGUUAUAUACAUUUUGAAGAAGGAUCAGUUUUUUUUUUUUUAUUCUUUGAGCCCGUAUGUCUGCUUUGCACAAGCUAAUUCUUAGCUUUAAUGAAGACCAGCUGCUCAGAGUCUAAAUGUUGGAAUCUCAGGAUUGUUUUUGAAAUGGUAUUGAUAGGUUAUAUGUCUUGUAUCAGCCUCACCGCCUUUAUUAGUACAAAUAGUCAAAGAUAUCCACAAGGAAUAGUCAGAGAUAGUCAUAUGCAAAUUAAAUAUAAAUGUGACAAGUGGCCAAGUGACAAUGUACAAAGAAGUAAAGUUAUUCUGUGGUCUUCAUCCCGUGCACUCUUAGUUUUUAUUUAAGGGACGAAACUUGCCAUUUGCAACAUGCACAUUUCUCCGUCUGAAACAUACUGUAGUUCAUGACUUGCAAAAAUGAACUGGAAGUUCUUGUGGUUGUAGGUUGUAUUUUAUAAUAAUUGUUUCUCUUUUUUGCCUUGUGACAUAAGACACGCUUUUGCCUU